AUGCUUACCUCCAAUCUUUACGUAUUUUUAGUGUUUUUCGUUACUUAUAUACAAUUUUCGCAUCCUCUAUGUAAUAAUAUUGAAGCUUUAUAUAAUAUAACAGCAAGAGUACAUUUAACAAGGUCCGAAAAGGGCUUUAACUACAAUGGAAACCUGUACAAUUUGGAUCAACAUGAAGUCAUCGAUGUUACUCAGGGAAAUGUGACAGAUUUGUGCGAAGGGAUAGUGAAAAAGUUUCCUAAACUGCAAGUAUUAUCUCUAAUUAAUGUUAAUAUUUCAAAAAUUCAACCCAACGCAUUCUUAGAUGUACCAAAACUCCGAGUAUUAUCAUUGUCAGUAAAUAAUUUGACAGAAAUUGAAAACGGUUGCUUUAAUAACAUUCCAAGGUUGGAGAUCUUAUACCUAUCCGGAAAUAAUAUACACACAAUUGGAAAUACGGCUUUUCAGAAUUUCCAUCACCUAAAAAAAGUUCACUUGGAUAGAAAUCAGUUAACAAGACUGGAAGCAAACAUUUUCAGUGGCAGUCCAAACUUACAUUUGCUAGAUUUAAGGUUCAAUUUACUUACAAUAGUGGACAAAAACAACUUUCCUCACCUGCAACCUACAUUUAAAGGACCAAUAACAUUUUUAUUAGAAUCGAAUCAAAUUGAUGACGUCGAUCCUUCCACGUUCGAGUUUAAUAAUCCUGUCAAGCUACAUCUACAGAAAAAUAAAUUGAGUACAAUAUCAAACCUUUUCCACGGCCUCAGAGAUUACAGCACAUUAAAUUUGGAUGAAAAUCUACUCAGUUGUUUGCCAGAUGACGUUUUGGACAACAUUAAAACCACAAACAAGAACAUUUCUAUUAAACAGAAUCCAAUUACUUGUGACUGUCUCAAAAACAUCGAAAAUAGUUUGGGAGAUGGUGAAGAAUUAUUUGGUGUAGGCGUUUUAGAAUAUAGUUCCAUGUUUCAGUGUUUUGGACAAAUAUCAUUUUAG